AAAAAAAAACACCAUCCUCCGUCUCUCUUCCUCUCCCACAAGGAAGUCACCAAACUAACAUAUCCCGGACUCCCUCCUCUGUUUUCACUUCUCUUCUAGAGAGAGGAAGAAAUGACAGAAACCACGGGUUUCUCAAAACUCUCUGACGACGUCGUACUCAACAUCUUCUCCAAACUAGAAGACGAUCCACGCAACUGGGCCCGCCUCGCUUGUGUCUGCACCAAAUUCUCCUCUCUCAUACGCGACAUCUGCUGGAAAUCCAAAUGCAACAAAACCAUCCCUUCCGUCGUCUCCGAUCUCCUUUCCUCCCCUGACUCUCCUUUCCCUGGCGCCUGGUCUGCCCUCCACAAGCUUGCCGUCUGCUGCCCUGGCCUCCUCCACGCUGGUGUCUUCCUCGAGCACUCCGAUUUCGGCCUUGAACGCGAGCUCGGCCCCGACGAUUAUUUCCACAAAUCCAAAAACACUCCGUCCCAACAAGCACAGCAAGCGUCUCAUUCCGGUUCUAAUUUAGACAAGCGCGACUCAUCCUGGUCCUUAUUUGAUGAUUUAUAUUACGACACUGUCUACAACGUGUACGAAUCACAGGAUGCGGUUACCGUUAGUUGUGAAGCGAAAGAAGAGGUAAUCGGUGGUAAUGAUGAUAAAAGUGUCGAUAUCUUCGUUAAGGCCCGCGGCAUCUCUUCUGUUGGCAAGAGAAGGAAGAUUUGUAGAUCUUUGAGUUCUCAUUUGGCAUCUGGUGUUUGGAAUUUGAGCAGAGAGCAAGGGAACAAGUUACUAGCAAGUCGGUUUCGAGGGGAUUGUUUGUACAUCUGUGACUGGCCUGGUUGUGCUCACAUCACAGAGAAGCGGAGUUAUAUGCUGUUUAGAGGGAUUUUUAAGAAUUUUAAGAAAUCGAGGGUCUGGAGGACGAUACAUGAUGGGGAUAGGAGCAAGAUUGAUUUGAGCUGUGCGUUUUGCGGGUGUCAGGAGACUUGGGAUUUGAAUUCUGCUUUUUGUUUGAAGAGAGGUUUUGGGUAUCAUGAUGAUGGUGAACCUGUUGUUCGAGCUUAUGUCUGUGAAAAUGGGCAUGUCUCCGGUGCUUGGACUGAUUGGCCAUUGUACACUUGAUGGUGCUAGCUGGGCUACCGUAAGAACUUGCUUCUCGUUUUAUGUUUCUAUGAUUAUAGUGAUUAACGUUGGUUUUAAUCUGUCAUGUCUAUUUAAUAUUUCUGUCCUGUGUUUUCUGAUCUACCUAUGUUAUUGUUGUCUCAUUUGCUGAUGCAAUGUUCAGUUUUAAUUAAAGAUUUGUGUGUUUUGUGUU